UCUCCACCUCUCUGGGCCUGCGCGCGCGUCUCCUUCUAGCACGCGCCGCCGCUAGCUGCGCACUCUUGCGGGAACCUCUGGCCCGCGCGUUCCUUUUCCUUUCCUGUGGGGCGGGCGGGACCCCGCACUGCUGUCACGGUAGCCCCGGCGGGCUCAGGCGGCGGCGCGCCAGUCCGAGGAAGGACCGUACCACUGCUCGGCAGCGUGCGGGGGGAGCCGCUUGCCCCGCCGUUCACGCCUCGGCGACCCCGCGGGGCUGAGGCGUCGCCGCCGCCGCACCCGGCAGCGUGAGCACAGGAGCGGCCUCGACCCCGAGCUCCGAGCCCUGCGGGCCGGGGGCCCCACCCAUCCGGGCCGAGGAGGCCGUAGCCAUGGCCGAGACGGAGGAGCGGAGCCUGGACAACUUCUUCGCCAAGAGGGACAAGAAGAAGAAGAAGGAACGGAGCAGCCGCGCGGCCAACGCCGCGGGCGGAGCGGCAGGGGCCAGGCCGAGCGACGGCGGGGGCACGGGGACCAGGGCAGGCGACGGCGGGGGCACGGGCACCAGACCAGGCGACGCCGGGACCGCGGGCGCGGGGACUGCCGGCCCCGGGGCCGCCACGAAGGCCGUGACGAAGGAAGAAGAUGAGUGGAAAGAAUUUGAGCAAAAAGAGGUUGACUACAGUGGACUCAGAGUGCAGGCCAUGCAAAUAAGUGAAAAAGAAGAAGAUGAUACUGAAAAGAGAGAAGAUCCAGGAGAUAACUGGGAAGAAGGUGGAGGUGGUGGUGGUAUAGAGAAAUCUUCAGGUCCCUGGAACAAAACAGCUCCGGUACAAGCACCUCCCACUCCAGUAAUUGUUACAGAAACCCCAGAACCGGCAAUGACUAGUGGUGUGUAUAGGCCUCCUGGGGCCAGGCUAACCACAACAAGGAAAACUCCACAAGGACCACCAGAAAUAUACAGUGAUACACAGUUUCCAUCCUUGCAGUCCACUGCCAAGCAUGUAGAAAGCCGGAGGUACUUAAAAUGAAUGCUACCUGGAAUUAAAUGACCACAUAUGGUUCAUCUACAUCUUAGGGACAUGAAUUUUUAAAAGUAAAUAAAAUGGGAAGAAAUAUAAAUGACAUCAGAUGGAAAUUUUUUUUGGGGUGGCUUUUAAAGUAAAUCCCAGCCUUUUUGCCUCUUUGAGAGCACAGCUGGCUUGAAUUUAAACCUCCACUUGGACUGGCUCCUCUACUCUGUGGUACAAAAUGUAUAAGGGACGUCUGGGAGGGCAGUGACUCACCAUUGCCCGUCUUUCCUUAUCUGAUCUGACCCAUACACUCACUCCCACAAAGCAGAAAUGAGGAGAAGCUGUUAUCAUGAGAACUUUACUUGAAUAAGAAAAUUGUUACCCUUAUACAUAAACAUUAUCAACUAAUUGCUAAAAGUGAAAGUCUUAGGAAGAGUCAUUACAGUUUCUUUCCGGUUGUUUCCAGGUUGGUCCCAAGAUAGGUCUGCAGUAAUGCUCUUUAGUGGAAGAUGAGACCAUAAGAGCUGCAGUACAGUAUUGUGUAUUUUCUGUUCAAUUGAAGCCUUAAAAUACUUCAAUGCUGAUUUUAUGUACCAUUUCUCCCUUUCUGUCUUUCCCCAAGAUUCUUUUAAGGGGUGGCUUUUUAAAAAAAAUUAAAGGAAGGACAUUUUCCAAAAAACUCUAGUGAAGAACUAUUUACUGAUAACAUUUCUUUUCCCUUAGGGAUAAAGAAAUGGAGAAGAGCUUUGAAGUAGUAAGACACAAAAAUAGAGGUAGGGAUGAGGUUUCAAAAAACCAGGCCCUUAAACUUCAGCUAGACAACCAGUAUGCUGUGCUUGAAAACCAGAAAUGCAGCCACACACAUUACAAUUAAGAAAUGGUCUUUGCUAACCCCUCUAAGGUAACUAGACCACAGCUAACCAUCAUGAACAGCCAUUCAUCAUCUGAUUUCUGUUGGAUCUACAGCAUCCGAUACAGACCAUGCAAGUGACCAGCGUAUUGCACUAUGGAAGUUGAAAGUAUCACAACUGCUCUUUAUGUAUAUUGGAUUUAGGGGAAUUUUCAUUGUUAUAUAAAUGUGUGAACUAGAUUCAACACUUUUUUGCUCUGCAAAUACAAAAAACCAAAACCUGCAGCCAGUGGUCAUUCGGAAAAUCUUUUUAUGUUCAGAUACUGAGCCUUUGUAAGGGUUGACUACCUCAGAUUUGCUGCACUCUUUGUGGACUUCAUGUGGAUCACAACUUCUGGAUAAGAAGGUUACAGCUAUUAAAGUGUUGAUGUGAACAUUGAAACCAGCUAUACUGGAUUCCUACCAGAAAUCCUGCAGAAAGUCAGCCAUCUGGGUUCUGAUCUGCUGUAAAAGAUGAAGAUUUAAGUGACCUUAAUUAACCUGUCCUGUGCCCUACCCUAAAGAGUACUCUGUAGUAAGCUGUGGCUAUAUUAGACUUUUGAAACAUGCCGCUUUCAAAACAAACUGAUAUGUUCAGAUCAUCUGAGUAGGGCUGAGAUUUAUAAUUUUCAAUUUUUAGUUAGUCUGAGGUAACUACAAAUUAAAUUCUACCAAACUUGGGUCCACCAAGUGGGAAAGAGGGUGGGCUGGGGGAAUAAUCUAGUUUCCUUUAGUAGUUUUUUUUUUUUUGUAUAGUGCUUUCUUUCUGUGUUCCACAUUAAGGCCUUUUUUGCUUUGACUUAGAAUAAGUUCUUUGACAGCAUAUUGCUUGGUUAAGUAACCUGAGAUAUGCAUUUGAAUUGUGAUGUCUUGUGAAUUUGCCAAUCCCUAGAGUGGAACCAAAUAGCCUUUGAUGUAAAGGGCAGCGGAUGCUGGAGGCUCUACUUCAGGUGCUGCUACAGCCUCCUCUAAUCAGGUCUAAAUUGUGUAGUAAACUGCUGUGGAAAGAGUAUGGUUUCUGCUCAGGCUAAGGCAGUGGUGGCAAAUGCCUCGGUGGGCUAUUCAUUUUACUGAAAGCUCUAAAAGGUUUGCCAUCACUGGGUGAAGGGAUUCACUGAUGUCCUACAGAUUCAAAGCCACAAAGCUAAACCUCACCUAGCACCCAUUUCAGUUUCAUGGAUCUUGCAUGAUCUUUGACAAGACUUCCUUAUGUACUUGUGCCCAGACUUUUAAGGUAUUGGCCAUUCUGUAGAUGCAGUGAUUGUCCCAGCUAGCUCUGUUAACAGCCUUUUGCUGUGUUUUUAUAGUGUUCAUUUGGAAAGGCAGGGCUAAAGAUACUAAUGUAGCACUUCUUUUAAUAACUGUGGGCUACAGACUAUCCAGUAAUAUAUGGUAGUCCUGCAAGAAACUUUGAAACUCCCCAGGAUUACUGAACUUUUUUUCCACCUAGUAAGAUUCUAGCAGUUUUUCCUUGGUCUAGUAUCUUUAGUUCGGUGGAACUAUUUCUUGAUUUAGUGACCACUUGAUGCAGAGUCUAGGUUUCUCUAUAAUAAAUUCCUUUGCCAAAUGCAGGAGUUGCAGACUUGCUACUGGCAAAAGUAAAGCGAGUGGGUAAGUAAACCUGUCCUGGUGUUGGGCAUUUUCCUAUAGAGUUUCAGUCUUGAUGAACAUGUCAUGUGGCAGUCGGACUCCUAGGAGGGCUGUACACUGUCUCCUGACAGGUCCAGCAGCUACUGUGGGUAGCAGCGUUGCCCACCUCUGAGGCAGCAGGUACGAUGCCUGCCUUCUGGUGUAUUUGGGUGAGUAGCUGAGCCAGCCAGGGGAGUUUGGAUGAUGAAGGGAAAGUAAGAGAUUCUUGGUUAAGCUGAAGACUUCAUUUGGGAACCAAAACAAGUAAUCUCUUGGAUUUUGAGCCACACAUUUUGCUACAGAAAAAGUAUGCAUUUUCCUACAAAAUUUUGUCAGGGGUUAUGUUAUUGAGAGGUGAAGUGAAAUGAAUAUGAGGUUUUAUUUAACAGCACACUGUACUGGAAAUCUGAAGACCUGCAGCAGAUUUAAACUCCAGGCUCUUGUUACCAUUUUUUUAAAAGAUUGUGAAAUUACAAAAAUGCACAGGAAUCACGUUUUAAUAUACUGUAUGAUGGGUGGAUGAGGCAGUCCAUUGUACCAUUUCUUUCUUUGGAUUCUCAGGCAUGGUUUGGCAGUGCAAGAACUCUGUAACAUUAACGAAUUCAAUAAAAAGUACUAAGGA